UUUCUUUAGUGAUGUCUGCGGUGUCGCCUCGGACGGAACGCGCCGCCGGUGAACGGACAAAGCAGUGAUCAGUGUAUUUGUUGUAUUUCGAUCUCGAGAGGUGCACUUGUAUUCCUUAUCCACACAUUUUAAGUGACUUCUGGAACGUGGAGCCGGUUCUACGCAUUUUUUACCUUUUUCCACCUUACCGGUGUCUGUGAUAAAUGUGAUAUUAAAAUAAAUGUGAUCGUAGUUGUUCGAAAUGAUUGAAUUGGUGAAAGUGAGUGAGAAACGGGUGAACGGCACAAUGCGGGAUAUAGGGGCUGAUUCGUUCGUGUGCCGGGUGCAGUACCUGAAUGAUUUGGAUCCGUUUUCGGAGUACAACGUAAGAGAGCCUUCGAGACCGUUGUACCACACCUUCAACACAACCAUCCCGCUGUCGUAUCAGAUUGCAGCAGUUCAUCGGCUGUUGCAAGCUCCACAUAGGUUGGACGACGCGACCUUACAAAUUUUCAAGGAUGGUGACUACGGACCGUACCUUGACCUUGACUCAACGCUGGGUGAGCAGGAGGAAGAAAUCGAGGGUCUUCAGGACAAUCGCAAAAAUGCGCUCGUCUUGCGUACCCAGUUGCCCGUGCGGGUGCACGCUAUUAUUGAAAAACUGCUCCACAGUCAAGGACGUGAGCUGCGCCGAGCGCUCUUCUCUCUCAAGCAGAUCCUGCAAUCAGACAAAGAUCUGGUCCACGACUUUGUCGCCAAUAAAGGCCUGGACUGCCUCAUGCAAGUCGGGAACUUGGAUGAUCAAAAUUAUAUUGACUACAUACUUCGCGCGCUUGGUCAGAUCCUCCUCUAUGUAGACGGCAUGCAUGGAGUUAUGGGUCACAAGCGCUGCAUCCAAUGGCUAUACACAUUAAUAUGCAGCAAAUUUCGUCACGUCGUAAAAACUGCUCUCAAACUCCUCGUCGUUUUCGUCGAAUACACUGAUAAGAACUCCAUUCUUCUGAUUGAGGCCAUCAAUGUUGUCGACAGCUCCAAUGGCAGGUCCCCUUGGUAUAAUAUCAUGAAGAUCCUUCAAGACAUCGACGCAUCAGACACUGAACUCCUCAUCUACGCUACCACGCUUAUAAACAUUUGCCUAAACAACGUACCUGACCGGGACAUGUACUAUGAUCAGGUUGACGCGCUCCAGGAUCAAGGGAUGGAUGAGAUCAUACAGCUUUACAUGACAAAACAAGGGACCGAUUUGGAUCUUUUGAGGCAGUUACAAAUCUUUGAAGCUGUUUUACUUUUGGAGGAUGGAGAUGACAGUGGAACGGCAAUGAAGCAAUUGGAUGAGUCUAUAAUUAAUUCAGUGAGACGUCGGGGCUUGAACUUAAAUACAUCCGAAAGAAGAAGGUCAAAGAAACGGAAUAUGAAAGACAAAGUGAAAGUCCCAGUCAUCGUACAUUCAGAACCCAAGCCUAAAAUCGCAAAUAACAAUCGCCCACAAUUCUUGCCAUCGAUCCUUGAGAAUAACAAAGAGAGUAAAGAACUAAGCACAGCGCUGAGAAGAAGGCGAGACAGAUACGCAAGACAGGCGCACCACAUCAUACAACAGCAGGAGCUUUUGAACAACUCCAACGGAAUAUACAACGGACUCUUUGGAAACACAAAUGGUGCUUAUAACUCGACAAAUGGAAACAUCACGUCAUCUAACACUAAUUACACAAAUGGAUCAUACAUGAAUACUCACAGUUACCAAAUUAUAAACGAAAGCAACGACCAUUAUUAUAAUGGAAACUGCAUAAAAGCUCACGAAGACGACGCUUACAUUAACAGAACAGUAAAGAACCUAAACUUAGCAGACGUAUUAAUCAAUGGAAAUCAAAGAUAUACAGCUGGUUUAAAACAAAGAAUACAAAAUGGGACUUUGGGACACAGUGUAACUGCAGUUGAUGCCUUAACAGUUAUAAGGCAAAAACAACUAGAUGAUACUCCUGAAAAAGAUGACCGGGGAAUUUUACUGAACAGAGAACACAGCAUCAAAGAUUUAGCGCAAAGACUUACAAGCCCCGUUAGCCCUAGCAGUGAGGAAAAGCAACUACGUGUUGCUGAAAUGGCAGGAAUAGUAUCAAAAGCCAAAGAAGAAUUAGCUAAGUCACAGUCUAAGGAAGUAAUAAAAAGCCCAAGUGUAGAAAGGUCCCCUAAAGUCCACGAAAUAAAAAUAUCAGAAAAUGAACUUCACUGGGAGGAAUUAAGACAGGGGUGUCUCAAGCGUGAAUUUCAUUUGUGUGACUUAGAUUUUUCUGAUCUACGUCAAGACUCAGAUGAUGAAAUGUUAUCUCAAACUGUAAACGCUUCAAGUGGACCACCACCUCCUCCGCCUGGAAUGUUCCUCCCUUCUUGCAAUCCUCCUCCUCUGCCAGGCUUUCCUUCAAUACAGAGAAAUAAUGUUCCACCGCCACCUGCAUACUCUUCAGAACUGUCGAACGAUUCAGAUAGUUCAACAAUAAAGAAAAACAAGAAGACAGUAAAACUUUUCUGGCGGGAGAUUCAGGAGAAUCCUGCCCCACCCCCUAUUAGAUCAAAGAUCGGCGGUUUCAUCUGGGAUGAUCUUCCCGAAGUUCCAUUGGAUACAAAGGCGCUGGAACACUUAUUUGAAUCAAGGACGAAUGACCUGAUAAUCAAAGUUCGUAUAAACGCUGACCUAAAUUUUCCCAAAAGAAAUUUAAUUCUGGACACAAAGCGGUCAAAUGCUAUUAACAUCGCUAUGAAGAAACUGCCAACUCCCCAAACUAUAAAAGCGGCCAUCAUGAAAAUGGAUGCCAACGUCAUUGGUCGGGAGGCCAUUGAGAAGUUGCUGACCAUGCUUCCUACCGAAGAAGAAAAAAUAAAGAUACAAGAGGCCCAGUAUGCAAAUCCCGACUUGCCCCUCGGUAGUGCGGAGCAGUUCCUGCUCACCUUAGCUUCCAUUAAUGAGCUAUCUUCAAGAUUAAAACUAUGGGUUUUCAAAUUGGAUUUUGAUUAUUCCGAAAAAGAAAUCGCAGAACCACUGAUGGAUCUAAAACAAGGCAUGGAACUGCUGAAAGUGAAUAAAACAUUUAAAGUGAUCCUGGCCACUCUUCGGUCAGUCGGUAGUUUUCUCAAUGGUAAUCAAGUCAGGGGUUUCCGCCUAGAGUACUUAUCCAAAGUCAUGGAAGUCAAAGAUACUGUGCACAAACAUCCUUUACUUCACCACAUUUGUGAAAUGAUAAUAGAAAAAUUCCCGGAUACAACCGACUUUUUCAGUGAGGUGGGACCCGUGAUUCGCGCCUCUAAAGUGGACUUUGAGAUCCUUGCUACAAACCUGAAUAAAUUAGAGGCCGACUGUAAGGCUUCCUGGGACCACAUGAAGAGGAUUGCAAAGCACGAUGGGUCUCAAAUUUUCAAGACCAAAAUAAAUGAGUUUUUAACUGAUGCUGCGGAGAGAAUUAUUCUAUUAUCCGUUAUAAGAAAGAGGGUUAUGAGCAGGUAUAAUAAGUUCCUACUUUAUGUAGGCGUUCCCACUGCUGAUAUUGGGAAGACGAAAGCCUCCGAAUUUUUGAAGGUCAUAGCUGAAUUCGCAUUAGAAUACAGGACUACCAGGGAACGUGUUCUGCAGCAGUUAGAAAAGAGGGCAAACCACAGGGAGAGGAAUAAGACUAGGGGCAAGAUGAUUAUCGAUGUUGGCAACUAUUCAAACAAGAUAGACGAGAUUUCGGCAGACAGUGCAUUAAGGGAACUUCUCAGGACUGACCCGAGCGUUGACAGUUUAACGGAGGGCAGGCGCAGGGCUCAAAACAGGAGGGUGCCAGUAAAUGGUGAACUAAUAACGGCUGAUGACGAAAUCAUUGAGAGCUUGGUGAGAUCCGCCACAUCUAACAGGAAACCGAUGACUAGGGAGCGUAGGAGGAACAGGCUGUGCGAUCAAAAAGACUAUUUGAACAGGACAUUGGAUGGCCACCAGUGGCCUGGCCCGGAGGCCAGCAAUGGGUCAACAGCCGCUACGCAACAUAGAUAAACGAGUUAGUUAAUUCGAAAAUAAGAAAUUAUAAUCAUUAGCAAUUUGAAUUUUUGAAUCUCAUGAAAAAACUGCAUUAUUGUUCCUUUUUAGUGUAUUGCUGUCUAUGAUAUUGAAGGAAGUAAUUUGUCUUUCAACUUAAUUAUGUGUCUCAUUAUAAAAAUUGGCGAGAUUGUUUCAUCGAACAUUCUGUCUAAAUAUACUUAUAAUUUUCUAGUCUCUGUUACUGGCAAGAUCUGGCUUCUAGACUGAUUGUUAUUUGUGCUAUUGGAUAAAUUUUAUUUAGGCAGUGCCAGUCCGUAGUCUAGUAAUCAGUGUGAGUUGGUAAGACCAUCAGGGGAUUGACCGUGGAAAUGUUCAUGACGAUGCUUUCAGUACAGCCCAGUAGAAAACGGUAAAAAAAAAAUCGAAAAUUGUAUAGAGCAAUGAGAGUAGUCCAAAUAUGCAACUUUGAACGUCUUACAUGAUUUCACGCCGUCUGAAAUUAUGUGAAAAUAUGAAAACCUUAGGCUUUGUGUCAUUUUAUUAAAAAAUCAUUUUUUCGGACUUAGACUUAGUUUUGUGUUUCUAUAAAGGCAAAUUAAAUGUACUACAGUUCUACUUCUUCUGACAUUUUUUCUGAUCUAUAGGGCUAAUAGUUAUUCUAUUUUUUUAUUUAUUAUUCUAUUGUAGUUAUUCUACAUUGUGAUUAAUUAUAACCGCUAGCCCUAUAAAAUUAAUUGUUUCAAUAAAAGCAAAUUAAAUUUACUACCUACAACUUUAGAUAAGAUAACUUUUUCCAAUAUGUAUUUUGAUUUGGACAUCAGCAAAUUAAAAAAGUACAAUUUCUAUAUCACACUAUUUUCUGUCUAGUAUUGCUACCAUCACCUACUUAGAUGCAAUUUAUAAGUAAAUUGUAAAAAAGAAAAAAAUUUGGGCUCAUACACUUUUUUUGAGAUUUGACACAUUUAAUUUAUAAAAUCUAUGUAAGUAACAAGCAUCAAUGACUUCUACAAUUAUCCGAUCAACGAAGCUUUUGUAAUGCGAAUAAUUGAUAGUUUUCAUCAUGUGCCAAGUUUCAUAGGCAGAGGAAUUAUUCGAAAGUCUCCAUACAAUGAAUCUCCUCGUUGAUCGGAAUAAAUAUUUAAGGUAUUUUAAGUAAGUAUUAUUUAUUUAAUGCAUGAAUUUAAUCUUAUGUUAAGGUGAUACUGUUUGAUUAAUAGCUGGUCUUUAGUUAAACGUGUCAAAAGUGGUAACUAAACGAAUUUUAGAUAUUAUUAAUGUCACAAUCUAAAUUACAAUUUUGUAACUAACGCGUUUCUGGAUCCGAUUGUGUAUUUAUGUAAAUAAUAUAUAAAUUUAAGAAUUAUUAUGAAUGAAAUUAAGAAUUAUGAAUUUAUUUUUACCCAAUUAAUAUUUUGACCUACCUACUUACAUUAUAAAAUACUUAAAUCGUAUUUUAUAAUUUCGAAUUUAGUUGACAUUUAAAAUGUAUCGUUACAGUUAUGUGAUAAUGUGUAUAAUUUUGGUUAUGUUCACAACUUUUAGAUACUUUGAAGCCCUACUUGCUGUAGGUUUAUCUGUAAAUGUAAAAGUCCUUAUUAAUAUUCUGAGGACUUACGGUUCAGUCAAACCAACGCUAUCACACGCGAUCAGCCGGCGUGCAGCGAUGGCGAUCAGACUUAAAUGCAUUGAUCGCCAUCGCUGCACGCCGGCUGAUCGCAUUGAUUUGGCUGAACCUUUAGUGCGAGUUUUCAUCAAUCAUCAUCACUAGCGAGCCGUUAAAAAAAGUCUUAAUUUUAGUUCUUGAAAGUUUCUGCUAGGGGGCGCUGUACAAUCCUUCAUACUUAUUGGCACUUUUUUUCGCAGUCGACAUCAAUUGCGUUUGACGUAAACCUACUUACACUACGCCUACGCUCCCUGAAAUGUUUAGAUUCAUCAAGAUUAUGCAUGUAUUAGUGUCAAUUUUUAUUUCUCUGAUAAUAAUAAAUUAUGAUAAAUUAUAAAAAUAUGAACUUUGAACGGGUAAAUGUUUACCGAUUUUAAAAAUAAAUCAUUUAUCGCAUUUAUUACCUACAGAAUUCAUAAGCACAUUGUACAUAAAUGUUAUUAUCCAUUUGUCAAAUUAGAUGCAAUAUUAAUAAAAAUAAUACACACAAUAUCA